AUGCCAAGAGAGGUUAUCACCAUCCAAUGUGGACAAUGCGGCAAUCAGCUUGGAUACAAAUUUUGGGAAAUGGCACUCAAGGAGCACGCUGCCUGUAAUUCAAAUGGGUGGUUUGACGAUUCUUUAAGCAGCUACUUCCACAAUGUAGAUGCUCGCUUUUGUCCUCCUAUCAACCUUCCAGUUGGGGAUGGGACUCAUCCGAUAUUUACCUUAAAAGCCAGGGCAGUCUUAGUGGAUAUGGAAGAAGGAGUUGUGAAUCAGCUUUUAAGGGGCAAUUUAUCCGAGUUGUUCAAUUCAACACAGCUUAUCACUGAUAUCUCUGGCUCCGGAAACAACUGGGCUCAUGGACAUAACUUUUACGGUCCAAAGUACUCGGAUACUAUUAUCGAAAAAGUACGCCGUGAGGCAGAGAUUUGCAGUUCAUUGCAGGGUUUUUUUCUCUUGCAUUCACUUGGAGGAGGAACUGGUUCUGGUCUUGGAAGCUACAUUCUGGAACUUUUGCAUGAUGCUUAUCCGAAAGUUUUUAGAUUUUCUGCAUCUCUUUUCCCAUCCACAGAUGACGACGUUAUUACAUCGCCUUAUAACAGUGUUCUAUCUAUUGGAUCCCUCACUCAACAUGCGGAUUGUGUUUUUCCAAUUGAAAACCAGGCUCUUAUAGACAUACUUAGAAAAAAAGGCCAACAUAAAUGUCAAUCAUCUGAAGAAGGAAGGAAUAAGGCGCCUUUCGACGCAAUGAAUGCUUUAGUCUCUUCACUGCUUUUGAAUCUAACCAGUUCUAUGCGUUUUGAGGGCCAGCUUAACGUCGAUUUGAACGAAAUUACUACAAAUCUAAUACCCUAUCCGCGUUUACAUUACCUCAUAUCAAGCAUGGCACUUUUUACACCUAAAGGUCUUUGUAAUUCGGAUUGUAUAUGAUGACUGAUCCUGUCUGUCAUUGUUCAGCUUUUCAGUGAUGCUCUCUCAAAAGACAAUUAUCUUAUAAAAUCUAACCCUUUGGAAUCUGUAUAUUUUAAUUGCGCAUUUCUGUUAAGAGGGACACCGUGUAGCAUUUCGGAUGUAAAUGAGAAUAUUGUCCGAUCAAGCCAACGUCUAAACAUGAUUCACUGGAAUACUGGCGGUUUUAAAGUUGGUGUUUGUCAUCAGCCCGCUUCUGGAAUACCCCUGUCCCUUGUAUGCCUUGCAAAUAACACUUGUAUCAGGAAUCGGCUGUUAGCUAUGAAACACUCGUUCAACAUGUUGUUUAGAAAACGGGUGUAUAUCCAUCACUAUACGGAAUACAUGGAUUUUGGAAUGUUUGAUGUCUGCUCAGGUAGCUAG